AUGUCUGUACAGAAUUGGGAGAUUCGAGCACGCCGAGCUAAAGAUAUACUUCUGAACUCUGUUCCCAAGCAAUGGAUCCUUCCCGCACACAGACUGCCCUCGGCGCACCAGAAAAAUGUCGAGGACUUUCCUCGCAAGAGCGGUUUUCUCAGCGACAGAGAAGUCUCUAUCACCGAGAUGUCUGCUACCGCGCUUGUAGCAGGUAUGGGAGCAGGCCUACUGAGUGCCGAGGAAGUAGUCACUGCGUUUCUCAAACGAGCUGUUUUGGGUCACCAGUUGCUCAACUUUGCUACAGAGUUCAUGGCGGAGAGAGCCAUUUCUAGGGCUAAAGAGCUUGACGAACAUUUUAAGCGGACUGGAAAGCUUGUUGGGCCCUUGCAUGGAGUCCCCAUCAGCGUCAAAGAACAUAUCGAGAUCAAAGGUCGAACCUGCAACGCAGGCUUUGUGGCAUGGGUCGAUGACAUUGCAAACGAAGACGCAUUGCUUGCCCGGUAUCUUGAGAAAGCAGGCGCCGUUUUCCAUGUGCGAACGAACCAGCCGCAGUCAUUGAUGCAUCUCUGCUGCGACAACAAUCUCACCGGUCCUACAAGGAACCCCUACAACCGCACCCUCUCACCCGGCGGCUCCUCAGGCGGCGAGGGCGCCUCAAUGGGUUUCAAGUGUGCUGCUCUCGGUGUCGGUACCGACAUUGGCGGAUCCAUCCGAGCACCUGCCGGCUUCUGCGGUGCAUAUGGGUUCCGUCCCACCGCUCUCCGAAUUCCUGCGACAGGAAUCAAAGUACCCGGCCCAGGACAGGAGUCCAUCCACGGCACCGCCGGACCACUGGCCAGCCAGAGUGUCGAAGAUCUAGAUCUCUUCCAACGAGCCGUCAUCGAUCAGGAGCCAUGGGAGACGGAAACAUCGCUAGUCCCGUUACCCUGGAGGCGCGUAAAAGCCACCAAAGAUAUGACUAUGCGUCCGCCCCCAUCCCCCGUCACCCGAGCCCUGCACCACGCCAAACAAAAGCUCCUCGCAGCCGGCAUAAAAGUCGUAGACUGGGAGCCCUACCGCCACGACCACGGCUGGGAGAUUAUCUCAUCCCUCUACUUCCCCGACGCCGCCAACAGCCAACGCACCGUCCUCUCCCAAAGCGGCGAGCCCCUCCUCCCCCUAACAGAAUGGGCCUUCGCCUACAGCCGCGCCUCCCCGCUCACCAUCCCCGAGAACUGGGCCCUGAACUGCCAGCGCGACGCCUACCGCGACGCGUACCACGCCCUCAUGAAAUCCCGCGGGGUAGACUUCAUCCUCUGUCCGGUGUACGUCGGCGCCGCGGCGGUGACGGGCGAAGCGCAGUACUGGAAUUACACCGCUGUCUGGAAUAUCCUCGACUACCCCGGUGUUGUUUUCCCGACUGGGCUGAUCGUUGAUCCGGCAUUGGAUCCGGUGGAUGAUGGGUAUCGCCCGCGGAGCGAGGUUGAUGCGCGGGCGCCGAUUGGAUUGCAGCUUGUAGGGAAGCGUUUCAAGGAUGAGGAGACCCUUGCGGCGGCGGGCCUUGUUUCGGAUAUCGUGCAGGGGAAAGGAGGGGAUAUCAGAUGUAGGCUUUGA